UUUUUAAAUAUUUUUUGAAAAUCAAAGAUCAAUAUAUGGAGUUUGCAUUUCACUUGUUUCCAUACAUUCUUCAAGUGCCUCCUAGAAAUAAGGAUCGACCGUCUACAGCUGAAGUUGCAGCUCACUUUAUUCAAAUCUUUCCUGAAACUACAGCUAUGGAGACGAUAAUUGAUGCAAAUAGACAUACCUCUUUCAUGCAUCCAUUUGUUAUUGCACUAGGGGCUCGAGGCAAUUUAAUUCAGUCAUUUAUUUUUAUAGAAGACAAUGUUAUUCCUAUUAGAAAUGGCAUGUUAAGUGCAGUCGACCGUUUGCUGAAACUAUAUUUUGUAAUCGAUAUUAAAUAUGCGAAAGAGUGCAAACAUGUUUUACAUUUUUUGCAAUGUGUAGUUAUGGGUAUUCAUGACGAUUUGCCGUUGUCAAGAGGAGGCAGUGAUCUUUCGUUGUUUGUUAAUGAAAAAUUAAGGAGUGGAUAAACUUUUAAAUGUUUUUAUUUUAAAGGGUACGAAAAUAUAUUAUAUCAAGAAAAUAUCACGUACUUUAUAAACAAUCAUGUUUGUAAUUCUGUUGAAACUUAUAAUAUAAAUUAUAAAAUUGUUUAAUUGAAUAAACAUGAGCUUUUUUUUUUUAA